AUUUUGCGUAGUUUUCGAGUUUGAAAGCGAUGAAAUUCAAAUCUUGCGAUAUGCAUAUUUUCUUUCGCUAGUUUACGCGCCAUUAUGAGUGACGUCAUAUGCACCCUCGGGUUUGAAAACAUUUAUUAGCCAUUUCAUAAACAGAUUAGAUUUAAUCGACAAAAACACCAAUUACUACGUUAACGGCUUGUAAAUAAUAAUGCAUUAAGAUGUUUUGUGCCGUGCUCAGGUGUGCUAGUUGUCGGUAGAAAGGAUUUAGACUGAAUAUUUUUCAAUUUUGCGAAGGAAGGUACGAGAAAAAAGACGUGGAUAAUUUUUUUUGUUGGAGCAAGAACUUUACCUUAAAAAACACACCCAGUCACCUUUUCAAACACCGCUUGGACAGAGACCCUGACAAACUGUGAGAAAAUGGACAUAUCGAAGAUAUAAGCACUGAAAAACAGCGCCAAUUACAGAUGUAUAAUGGAAUAACAUCACCAAACGACUCCACGACUGAAAUGAUGGACACACAAUUCAUGUUUCUCGUUGUGGUCUCCUUCGCCUUUGCCGUGACAGCCAUGCAUCUUCCCCUGAAUUACACCCACCAGUUACACCAUAGACAGAAAAGGGCAUACGUCGAAAAAUUCGACUGUCAAAAGAUGAUACAGGAAAACGGUAUGGAUUUGAUGAAUUACGGUAUUGAAGUGUUAUCGGAUGGAUCAGAAAAAUACCAAGGACAGUUUUUCACAUCACUAGGACAUAUAUUCAAUCUCAUACAAAAUGAAAGGAAUGCUACAAGAUAUAAAAUAGCAGAGGCACUUCAGAUGCAAUAUCGACGUUCAUACAACAGAAUAAGUAAAUCUAAAUUGGACGAACUGGAAGCAACACUUAUCCGUGUGUACACAGAAGAUGAAAUCUAUGGAGAUCUAUCCUAUGUCCUUGCGCAACACGACUGUACAUCUAAAACACUUUCACCAAAGGACAAGGCAUUAGCGCCAUAUGCAACCGCUCUGUUUGCAACAAUCCUGUACUGGGGGGAUAUAAUCGGAACAUCAAAAACAACAUAUCGCGGGAUAGGAGACUUAAGGGGAGACAUCACAACUACACUAAGUUUUUACAAAAAAGGAAAAAGCAUAGUGUUACCGCAAUUCACGUCUUCUUCUGAUAAUCGGGAAGCUUCAAUGGCAUUUCUUGUUCCUAAUGCAAACAACAUUUUCCUGAUCAUUGACAAUUCACGGAAAAGUUUAUGGAGACCAAAAGGUAUCAGUCAGUUUUCUCAGUACCCGGAUGAAAGCGAAUUUCUUUACCCACCAGCUGCUAAGUUCAAGGUUAAAUCUGACCCCGUGAAGAAGACAGUAGGAUCGAAUGUCCCGAUUACGUUUUACGAAGUUAAACUUCAGCUUGACGGACUCACUUUACUGAAAAAAUUGGAACGAAAGAUUCGAAAAAUAUGCCGCUUGAAGGACAGUAACUAAUGCUCAAACCUAUAUAGUUCGUUUACCUCAAGCUUGAUGACCUCUGUCUAAGCAAUGAAAGAAAUGGACGAAAUAAUGUUCCGCUUUUGAAAGGUUCAAUUUCAAAUAUUGAAGAACAUUUUAUGAAAUUAAAUUGAGCCUAAUAGCAACAACAGAAAAAAGAACGAAAAGACAAGCUGAGAACCUUAAGAAACUUUAUAUAAAAUUCAACUGCAUUUGCUGGACUCAGUUGCAUGUAAAAAUAGAUAAAUGAAUAAAAAGAUAAACAAAAAAAAGUUCAGCAUUAACAAAAAGAUUAUGAAAUAAAUAUCUAAAAAUGUUCUAUUUUUGAAUUAAAAAUGUUGAAAUGCUGAUCAUGAAUUAUAUAAGUCAAUCACAAUGAAAAAUGAAUUCUACAGUUUUGCUGAAGCCUCUUGGCCUUAGUUGCACUCACAAAAGAAGACAGCUGUUUGAAGCAGCAUGUUUCCCUCUCAAAUAAUGAAUCAUUUCAACAGAUAACUUACCUAUAUUUCUGAAUUUACAUAUAAUGUAUAUAAUAAUUACUUCAAGUAAUGAAUUAUUUCAUCAGAUAACUUGUUUAUAUUUUUGAUUUUAUCUAUAAUCGUUACUCGCAUAUUAACAUGCUGUGAAGUUUCCAUGGGAAUAUACAAAUGUAAUAAAACACAUAUAUAUGGCGUGUAAAACGUUGCACUAUUAUACUAAUCUUGUUAUUCAUAUUCGAAAACUUGUAAUUCAUAUUCUAAAGCAUAUCAUUCAUAUUCGAAAAGUUGUUAUUCAUAUUCGAUAAUUUUAUCAUUCAUAUUCAAAAACAUGUUAUUUUUAUUCUAAAACGUGUUAUUCAUAUUCGAAAGCAUGUCAUUCUUAUUCAAUAAAUUGUUAUUC